AUGUCGGAUAAAGUCCGGAAACCAACAGUGGAGGUCACAUAUGUCAAUAAAGCGACACUAAAGCUGGAUACAGAGACUUUGACGGCAGCAGAGAUUGUGAAGGAUGUGAACCGCCUAAGCAAACGGUUACAACUGGAAGAAGAUAUUGCUCAAUCCGGAUGA